CCCAGUCCCGGCAGCUGCACAGCCUCGUCUGACAGCUGGUUCGGGCAGGAGUUGUGACUCCGAGCGCCGUCGAUGAGGACAUCAGGCGGGAGUGGGUGACGGCACCGGACCGACACAGUCCGGCCAUGGACGAGCAGGCGGGCCCCGGCGUGUUCCUCAGCAGCAGCAGCCCAGCGGGCAGCGGCGGCGGCGGCGGAGGAGGGAACCCGAGAGCCCCGCAGCCCGGCGGCGGGGAGGCGGCCCGGGCUCCGCGCAGCGUCCCCGGGAUCCUGCACUUCCUCCAGCACGAGUGGGCCCGAUUCGAGCUGGAGCGGGCGCAGUGGGAGGUGGAGCGGGCCGAGCUGCAGGCUCAGAUCGCCUUCCUGCAGGGCGAGAGGCGGGGCCAGGAGAACCUGAAGAAGGACCUGGUCAGACGGAUCAAGAUGCUGGAGUACGCCCUCAAACAGGAGAGGGCCAAGUACCACAAGCUGAAGUUCGGGACAGAACUGAACCAGGGAGAAAUCAAGCCUCCGAGCUACGAUUCAGAUGACGACGACGACGACGAGGCUCCCAGUCCUCCCAACAGCAGCCACCAGCUCAGCUGGAAGCAGGGACGACAGCUGCUCAGACAAUAUCUGCAGGAAGUCGGGUACACCGACACCAUCCUGGAUGUGAAAUCUCAGAGGGUGCGGGCGCUGCUCGGGCUGACGGGAGAAUCCGGAGAGAAGCCGUCGGAGAAGAGGCCCGAGCCCCUGGUGAACGGGACCGAACCGUCCUCGCUGAAGGACAGCGGCAUGAUCAGCAAACCCGAGACGUCCGACUCGGCCACCGUGCUGGACGCCUUCAAGUUCAUCGAGAGCGCAGCGGCGGACUUCAGCGACGAGGAGGAAGAGGACGGCGGUGCGCGGGAGAAAACCAUCCUGGACCUGGCUACGAUGGUGAGGAAGAAGCAGUCGGCCAGCCCGACCUCCACCACGUCCGACCUCAGCGACGACCCAGACACCGAGGAGGCCCUGAAAGGCUUCGACUUCCUGGCGAGUCCGGACGAGCUGGAAGGGUCGGGGGAGCCGAGGAGCGGCGAGGACGGCGCAGAGUGGGAGAAGGACGAGCCUCCUCUGGGUGAACUGGCCUGGGACGUGGACCAGGGACUGAUAGCCCAGCUCAAGGAGCAGUACAGAAAGGAGCGCAAGGGCAAGAAGGGGGUGAAGAGACCAAACCGGUCCAAACUCCAGGACAUGUUGGCCAACCUGCGGGACAACGAGGACCUCGCCUCCAUGCAGCCGCCCGUGGCGCCGCCCUCCAGACCCAUCGCUCCCAGGCUCAGCGAGCAGGAAGUGGGGCAUCCUGAAGAAGAGCCAAUGACGUUCCUGCCGUCCACUGGGAAGUCCUUCAUCCUGGGCAGGGCGGAUGAGGCCAUGACAAACGAGCUCGGACUGGGAGAGCUGGCCGGACUGACUGUCGCCAACGAAGCAGAAAGCGUGGCGUACGACAUCGCAAACAACACAGACGCUCUGAGGAAAACUUGGAACCCAAAGUUCACCCUGAGGAGCCACUUUGACUCCGUCCGGGGUCUGGCCUUCCACCCGACGGAGCCGGUCCUGGUCACGGCCUCCGAGGAUCACACCCUGAAACUGUGGAACCUCCAGAAGACGGCGCCGGCCAAGAAGUGUGCUGCUUUAGAUGUGGAGCCCAUCUACACCUUCAGAGCUCACAGCGGCGCUGUCCUGUGCGUCACCAUGAGCUCUGGCGGGGACCAGUGCUUCAGCGGGGGGGCGGAUGGUACCGUUCAGAGCUGGAACACCCCCAACCCCAACGUCGACCCCUACGACUCGUAUGAGCCGUCUGUCCUGCGGGGGGCGCUGUGUGGUCACACGGACUCGGUGUGGGGUGUGGUCUACAGCUCGGCUCACCACCGCCUCCUCUCGUGUUCGGCCGACGGCACGGUCCGGCUGUGGAACGCCGCAGACACGUCACCGUGUCUGGCUGUUUUCAAUGACCGAGGAGAACUGGGCGUCCCCACCUCGGUGGACCUGGUGAGCAGCGAUCCGGCUUACAUGGUGACAUCCUUCAACACCGGACACAUCGGCCUCUUCAACAUGGAGACACAGCAGCUCCUCCUGAAGCUGGACUCCGCCGGACCCCCAGAAGCUCCUUGUAAGAUCAACAAAGUGCUGAGUCAUCCCACGCUGCCCAUCACCAUCACGGCCCAGGAGGACCGCCACAUCCAGUUCUUCGACAACAACACAGGUAAACUCAUCCACUCCAUGGUGGCACAUCUGGACUCGGUGACGAGCCUCGCCGUGGAUCCAAACGGGCUGUACCUCAUGUCUGGCAGUCACGACUGCUCGAUCCGUCUGUGGAAUAUGGAGAGUAAGACCUGCAUCCAGGAGUUCACAGCCCACCGCAAGAAGUUUGAAGAGUCCAUCCAUGAUGUGGCGUUCCACCCAACCAAAUGCUACAUCGGCAGCGCCGGCGCAGACGCACUAGCCAAGGUCUUCGUAUGACCCGGGAGUGCCAGUGUGAGGGCGGUGGCCGUGUUUCCUGACGGGACACGACCUGGACAGCCUGUUUUUCUGGUUUCUUAUUGGAUGGGUGGAGGAAGCGGGCUGAUGGUGACUGAAAACGCCCCUUUUAGAACCCCACCCAGCAUCCCUGGACUCGGGCUGGCCCGUGUCUCAAACAUACAAACAUUUUUCUGAAUAAAGGCAACAAACCAAGAAGAAGCAAGAAAAGUGUGAAAUGUUUUUCUGAAUCUGGGAUUGUUGGUCGGCUGUAAUCCGUGGCCUGUCCGCCGGUAAACGUCUGUGUCCAAAAUGUGCCUUUUUUUUCCAGAGCUUCUGUUCUUUUAGCUGUUGAGCUUUAGACACAAGCUCAUUGAAUUAAUCUGCAGAAGAGUCUUGACCGGUUCCCAACAUCCCUACAUGAUGAUUCAGUCUCCUUCAACAGUGACGAACCUUCAGUCCAGUUCCCAACAUUCCUACAAGACUGACUCAAACUCUUACAACAGUGACGGACCUUUGGACCGGUUCCCAACAUCCCUACACGAUUAACUUAAACUUGUUCUACAUGACAAACCUUCGGACCCAGUGGAAGUGGAAGCUCCGCUGUCCAGGUUGGCGUUGGAUCAUCUCCGUCUACACCAGCGUCCCCUCCAGGAUUGCUGGCGUGUUACCCGCACGACUGGAUUCA